AUGGAAAGUGUCACGCCUGACCGCGAGAAGGUGCCCGAUGAUGCGACCAUCGCCAUUUCGGACUCAUCCUGCAAGGGGGGAAUCCCUGACGAGCUCGACGCUCCGAGAAGCCGAAGAGUUCUAUGGAAGAUCGACCUCGUGAUUAUGCCGGUCGUGACUUUUGGCAUGACGCUGGCAUUCCUUGAUGAAAACGUCCUUCCCUACGCUGCAGUCUACGGAUUGGUCGACGACACGCAUCUGCAUAACCAACUUUACAGUUGGCUUGGGAGUACAUUUUACUUUGGGUAUCUCUUCAUGGAGUUUCCAAACUUGUGGAUCAUUUCCAAGUUCCCGGUGGGAAAAUACAUGGGAGCUUGUUUUUGUGCCAUGGGCACUUGCUUCUCCCUACUAGCCGCAUGCCACAGCUUCGCCGGUCUUGCAGCCCUCCGAUUUCUGCAAGGUGCCUUUGAGGCGGCUAUGCUUCCCUGUCUUCUUUUCAUCAACUCUGCAUGGUAUCGUCGCGAGGAGCAGCCUUUGCGGACGGCUCUCUGGGCAAACACCUUUGCUGGAACAUUCACUGGCAUUCUUAGUUACGCCAUUGGAAACAUCGGCGGUCCACUGUCAACAUGGAGGUACAUUUUCCUCAUCUACGGUUCCGCCACCAUCAGCAUGGGAUUGCUCAUGUUCAUAGCUUUACCAAACUCUCCCUCUACGGCCUGGUUCCUGACCGAGGAGGAGAGACGCAUUGCAGUGCGCAGAGUCGCGAUGAGCCAGACCGAAGAUGCAUCUCACAAUGGCAUGAAAUGGAGACAAAUCCUGGAAGCAUUGAGAGAUCCGAAGUACUGGUGCAUCUCAACGUUCUUCAUCACGCAGGCCAUCACGAAUGCCGGUAUCACGCAAUUCAACCCGCUGAUAAUCUCAGGCUACGGUUUCUCCAGGGCUAAAACGGUCUUGAUGGCCACCCCACAAGCGGCCAUCGCCAUGGUAGCGCAGGCAAUCCUGACAGCAAUUACGUUCUGGGUGCCCAACCUCAGAUGCGUAUUCUGGGUCUUGGCGAGCUGCGUUGCCAUGGCCGGCGCCGCCACGGUUAAGGUUCUCGAUCCGGUUGCCCAUCGUCAUGCUUCUCUUGCCGGUGUCUACCUCAUGGGGUUUUGGAAUGUCCCCUGGGUUAUGGUGUUGAGUCUUCAGUCCUCUAACGUCGUGGGUACGACAAAGAAGAGCUUCGUCUCCGUUUCUGCCGCAGCGUUUUAUGCGAUCGGCAAUAUCGUGGGGCCCCAUUUCUUCUUGGAAGGCCAGGCGCCACACUAUAAUCUCGGCAUGGGUGCCAUGCUGUGCUGCUUUGCAGUGAUGGCGACUACAGGUGGUUUGUACUACGGCUUGUGUGUCUUGGAAAACAAGAGGCGGGACCGUGAGUAUGGAUCACCGAGUCUUUGCACUGAUGAGAUGUCGGAAAUGUCACAAGUUGUAUGCGGUGGCCUGACCGAUGUGUCCAUUCAUCAAUUUCGUUACGCCUACUAG